UGUUAUACAAAAUGCGUUUUGUUUAUAUAUUGUGUCCGCUAUUAGCUCUCAUUGCAAUCGGCACCGGGCAACGUGUGACAAGUAGCAAGGCCAAAUGCGACAACAAAACAAUCAGUACGAUUGACAAACAGGUGGGCACAUUAUUUUCAAUAAAUGGCCGUGCUCAAUUACCCGAAACUGACCGAGAGCUCAGCAAAUACUGUACGACAGGCGCACUGACAUCCGAGAGUAUCGGCGCUUACCUUAAGUCAUGCGCCGGCAGUUUUGGCCCCGUUAUGGCCCGCGAGUUGAUGGCCGGCACCAAAAAGGCCUACAAACAAGUGUGCAAACGAGGGGCCAGUGAUAGCCUGACCCGAGAUAUUAUGUCUAGUAAUAAGUGCUGGAAUAAGGCGGCUGUGAAGGUGAGCCCCUGUGUGCAGGAGUUUGUCGAUGUGUUGAUGGUGUUGCCCCGGGUGCCCGACCGGGACCGUAUGAACAUGGGCUGCUGCCACGCCUACAAAUUGUCUACAUGCGCACAGCGGACUCUACGCAAAACCAAACAGUGUCGCAAAGAGCACCGGCAAGCGCUGGACAACCUGUUGGCCAACGGGCCGAUGGUAUGCGGCGAAUACUUCGGCCAAAACACCCGGUGCUCCGAACUAAUCGCCCGAACGCCUAAACCGGACCCUCAAUCCUACGCCCGGCCGAAGUCACUGUUCGUACCGGCGAUGCAACUCAUGGACAGCUACCGUACCUUACGGUGCGAUGCGGCCGCUCACCAGCGUAUGGACCGUCUCGCGCAGCGUAUGCUAACGCUGGGCACCGCCGACCAGAUACCAGAAACCGGUGCCCAAUUGGCCCAGUGGUGUUCGGUGCCCAUGCGCGAGGCCGGUUUCGUAUACGGUUACAUGGAGUCGUGCCUGAGUGAUUUUGCUAAAUUCUUGGUCAAAUUGCUGGCCGGUCAGGUGGCGGGCAAUUUCCAGCCCUACUGUAGCGCACAGGGGGUCUCUAAGUUUGAUAGUAAGACCAGCGAUGAUCCGAUGGUCAGGGAGUACGUGAAGGCGGCCAAAUGUGGCAAUAAGGCCGAGAGUAAAUUGGUAGAGUGCACCAAUCACCUUGUGGAUAAUGUUAUGGGUAUUGUACAGGCGCCUGAUACACAGCGUAUACGUAUGGCAUGUUGCAACGCUUAUCAAUACCGCACGUGUAUAUUGAACGCCACGCUAAGCACUCGGGGCUGUUCACAGAAGACGGUCGACUGGGCGGAGAGGGCGGUGUUUGAAAAUGUAGAGCCUGCGGUGAAUUUAAUGUGCCUAGAUCAUUGGACAUCCACCGGAAAGUGUGUGCAACUGUUGGCCAAUAUCCCCCGUAUGGACCCCAAGACGUACGUCAGGCCUAAGAGUGUGUUCACACCAUUCAUGAAACUGUUUGAUAGUUUCCCGGCUGUUGACGAGUACUCAAAAUAAUUUUACAUAGUGGUCUCUCUCUCUCUCUCUCUCAUUAACAAAAUAUCACUAUAUUAACCAGUGUAAUUACCAUAUUUGAUAAUUACGGUAUUUGAUAAUUAAAUAAACUCACACAAAAAAAUAAA